AUGGCAUCCUUGAUGAACUUUUUCGGACGUGGCAAGGCCACAACCGAAGAGCCAAAGAAGAACGGAACAGUGCGAGCACUUCCUGCAGCAUGGUACACCUCACAAGAAAUGUACGAGCUUGAGCGUCGUGCAAUCUUCCAAAGACGCUGGCUUUUCAUCACCCACAAGUCCAGACUCCAGCAGCCAGGCGAUUUCCUUCGCUACAAGAUUGCAGGUUACGACUUCGUCCUCGUCGUUGACAGGAACAAUCAGAUCAAUGCUUUCCACAACGUAUGCAGACAUCGCGCUUACAAGGUCGUUGAAGAGGAGUCUGGACGCAAGAACAUCCUUGCCUGCCGAUAUCAUGGCUGGUCGUACGGAUUAAACGGAAAGCUGGCGAAAGCCCCAGAUUACCAGCAGAUCGAGGGUUUCAACAAAGAUGACAACAGCCUUCUUCCCAUCCACACUCACGUCGACGACAAUGGAUUCGUCUGGAUCAACAUGGAUGCGGGCGAGAAACCAGAAAUCUCCUUCGAGCAGGAUGUCGGCGAGCAGAACGUCAAGCAGUCUCGAUUCGAAAAGUUCAAUUUCGACAACUACGAACUCGAUCAUGUCUAUGAACUCAACGGCGACUACAACUGGAAAAUCGCGUCGGACAACUUCAACGAAUGCUACCACUGCAAAACCACACAUCCCGACGUCCCAACUUUCCUCACAAUCGACAGCCAUAACUGCGAAGGCGACAACGGCCAUCUCCAGCACGACCAAGCACCCACCAAGGAACAAAUAGAGAAAGGAUUCGAUUGCAACAGCACUUACUAUUUCCCACACGCCUCCAUGACAGUCUCGCCACACUUCCUGAUGAUCCAAAAAUUCCUCCCCGGUGGCCCUUCCAAGUCCGUCAUGCACUACGAAAUCUACCGAAACAAAAGCUCGUCGGACGAAGAUUUCCACGCCAUAGCCGACACAUAUUCUCGCGUCAUGGGCGAAGACAAAGUCCUUUGCGAGAGAGCACAGUCUAACCUCAACGCUGGGGUUUUUGUGAAUGGCGAAUUGCAUCAUCGGUGGGAGAAGGGACCGCUCUACUUUCAGCAGCAGUGUCGCGAGGCCAUCACGGAACAUUUCAAUAAGGAGAAGGCGGCAGGUCGUGAACUGAAUCCGGCGAUGCAGAAAUUGAAGGAGGGGGAGAGUAAUAGUGAUUUGGAGAUUUGUGCUUCGCUGGCGUGCAAUGCGAGGAAGGAGGUUUUGGCGUGGUAG